AUGGGAUUGGGAGAUGAAUUAUCAAAAGAAGUAGAUAGAAUUAAGGUGUCACUAAAAUUAUAAAAUAAAGCUUUAGCCAAAGAACUGAGAGGUGCAACUGAAGAGAGAGCUGAAAACAUCUCUGAAUUAUCUUCUGAUAUCAAGACUAUUCUAGAUAAAAUGGCAUAUGUUACUGAUACUAAGAUGACUAGAAUCAAUGAUAGAGUUUAAGAACAUAUCUAUUAAACUGAAGCUAUUUCUUUAAUAAUAAUCAUGGAUCAAUUAGAUAAGAAAGUUUAAGAAUUAGCAGGAGUCAAAUAAUAAAUUAAAUAACUUAAAGCUAAGAUUCCUAGACUAUCUGAUAAAUGCAGCAAAUAUUUUACUUGUUAUGAUUGUUUAUAAGAUGAGAGUUGUGGAUGGUGUUCAAUGGAAGAUAAAUGUGUUGAAGGAGAUGAAAAAGGACCAUAAAAAAUCAGUUGCAAUUUUUAUAGUUAUAAAUAAUGCAAUGGGAGAUAAUGUCAUAAAUAUAAUACAUGUGCAGUAUUAAUUAAAUAUUAUACAAGACAUGUAUAGCUGAUCCUUCUUGUGGUUGGUGCAUAGAUGAUAAUCGAUUUAUGUCAGGAUGUUUAUAAUAACCCUAUGAUUAUUAAGGAUGUCCCAGAAAUGGGUGGUUUCAUUUAGAAAGUAGAUAAAAUACAUGUCCUUAAUAAUUGAGGAAGGUAUAUGAAGAAGAGUUUGAUGAAAAUUCUUAUUGGUCAAAACCACUUGAUGAUUCUGCUUAUGUAGAUGAAGAAGAAAGUAAUGAAUAAGAUAAAAAUAAUGCUUUGAAUGGUAGAGGAGGAGUAGAAGAAAGUGAAUCUAAUACAGAAUAUAAUAAGAAAUAAUAGUAAGUGGCUAAUCAAAUUAAAUAAUUAGAAGCUUUGGUAAAAGAGAUAGAAAAAGAAAUUGAAUCAUUAUAGAAAAGAUAUUAAGAAACAGUUGAUUGGUUGGAUAAGUUUAAUAAAGGAGAGGAAGGAGAAGGAGAUUAAUAGGAAUAAUAAGAAGAAGAACCAUAAUAAGAAUAAUAAGAGGAGAAUCAAUAAACAUAAGAUGAAGCAGAAAAAAAGAAAGAGGAGAAGAAAAAGAAAAAAGAAGAAAAAAAAUAAAAUAAUGAAGAAAAUAAAAAAAAGAAGGAAGAAGAAAAAAAGAAGAAAGCAGAAGAAGAGAAGAAAAAGAAAGAAGAAGAGAAAAAAAAACAAGAAGAAUAAAAGAAAAAGAAAAAAUAAGAAGAAGAAGAGAAGAAAAAGAAAAAAAAAGAAGAGGAGGAAGAAAAGAGAAAGAAAUUAUAAGAAGAUUUAGAGAAUAAAAAAUAAGAAGAUGAAUAAAAUGAAGAGGCCAGAGAUUCGAAUGAAUAAGAAUAAUAAGAAGAUGGAGAUGGAGAUGGAGAUAAUAAUGAAAAUAAUGAUACUUAAAAUGAUGAUCAAAAUUAAGAAGGAUCUUAAGAUACAGAUAAUUAAAAUAAUGAAGCAUAAAAGAAGAAUAAGAAAUCAUCUAAAAGUGCAGACUCUAAUAAUAAAGCAAAGGAUAAAUAGGGUUCAAAAAAUUAGGAUUCUGAUAAAGGGGAUUAAGGAGAUGAUGAAAAAGAGGAAAAAAGAGAGAUUCCAGAUUCCUAUUUUAGGGAACCAUAAUUAUAAAAUAAGAAAUGGGAGGACUUUUAUAGUGGAAAUUUUAAUUUUAUUGCCUAAGAAUAAGAAGUUGAUGAUGAUGAAAUGUAAUUUGACUCAAUAGAUGUAGUUGAUGAAUUUUAUGAUCCUUUUCAUUUAAAUUGA